UGGACGGGAAUUUUCUUGACAGAGCUGUUUUAACAUCUGGUAACACUGGUUCGAGCGACUGAGUAAAGUUGUGUGGAAUAAAGGGGAAAAAGGAAAAACGUGGACUACCCUUAAGAACAUAUAAUGUCGAAAGCAGGCGAAGGUCAGCCCGCUGCGGAGGGAACGGUGGCUGCUGGCAACGGGAACGCUGAGCUGGCCCAAAAUGAAGGCCAGAACCAGGACCAGCCGCAGCAACCACCCCAAAAUCAGCCCACCCGCAUGGAGUCAUUUUUUGCGAUGACCAAGUCUCUAAUUCUUCGCGCCCUGAUCAUUUACUUCGUGAGCUCCUUCUUCCGGCGGCCUGCUCCCGAUGCCGCUACACAAGAUAAAAGUGCCGCCAAUGCCGGCCCCAAAAUCACAGCCUGGAAUUACUUUGAGAACGGCACGGACUUUGACCUACACGUGUGGCUAUCGGAGCACCCUGACGUGGUGAACUUUCAGCAGAAAGCGAAUCUUCUUUGGCUGCAGGAGGACCUGACCUAUGGGGACUGGUCCUCGGGCGCUAAUAGAGAUGGCAUUUAUACACAUAGCCUUAAGCUUAAGACCAGCCAGCAUCUAAUGAACAACGGUAGUGUGUACCUGCAUGCUUUUGUUACACGCACCGGCAUGAGUCCCGAUCCCAAUUCCCCGAAUUACGCCACCAAUGGGCACAUGGGACACCAGCAGCAUCAACUGAACAAGUUCAAGAAGCUGCGUGUGAACCGCAAUUAUAAUCUGCUGGCCAGCGAGAAAGAGAAACUGGAACACGAGCUGAAGCAUGCGAAUCUCAAAGACACUGUAGUGUCGCAUUGGCAUCCCAAUCUCACGGUCAACCUGGUGGUGGAUCAAACAAAUUGGGCGCAGGGUUCUGUACCUGCGCCUCUCGACGAGUACGUAAAGUUUGUGGACGGUGGAAAAACGUAUCUGCCCAUCGUGUUCGUCAACGACUACUGGAACUUGCAGCGGGAGUACCAACCCAUCAACGAAACCACUCCUGAACUCGAGCUUCAUUUGACCUUCCAGCCUCUGGGCAUGUUCAAGUGGCAGCUGUAUGCAGCCAAACAGAUGAAGAACAAGUGGGCUGGCAAUAUGCUGGGAGAGCUGAUGGCCGCCAGUCAGCCGGAGGAGAGCGACGAGGAUCAGGACUCUCUGAAGGAAACCCUGCUUGAUACCAAUAUUUAUCUGCUGGGCAUCACCGUUGCUGUUUCCAUCCUGCACUCGGUGUUCGAACUACUGGCUUUUAAGAACGACAUCCAGUUCUGGAAUAACCGCAAGUCACUAGAAGGACUGUCUGUGCGAUCCGUGUUUUUCGGUGUCUUCCAAUCGCUGAUUAUCUUGCUGUACGUGCUGGACAACGAGACCAACUUCAUGAUUCGUAUCUCGUGCGUCGUAGGCCUCGGCAUCGAAGUGUGGAAGAUUCACAAGGUGGUCGAUAUUAACUACGACCACGAUCAAAAGAUUCUGGGCGUGCUGCCGCGAAUCAGUUUCCAAGACAAGGGCUCCUACUCGGAGAGUUCCACCAAAGACUACGACAAGUUGGCCUUUAAAUACCUGGGAUGGGCCUGCUUCCCGCUACUGGUGGCCUAUUUUGUCUACUCCCUAAUCUACAACGAGCACAAGGGCUGGUACUCCUUUGUGCUGAACAUGCUAUACGGCUACCUGCUGACUUUUGGCUUCAUCCUGAUGACGCCGCAGCUGUUUAUCAACUACAAGCUUAAGUCGGUGGCUCAUAUGCCUUGGCGCAUGAUGACCUACAAGUUCCUUAACACCUUUAUCGACGACAUCUUCGCGUUUGUCAUUAAGAUGCCCACAAUGUACCGGCUCGGCUGCUUCCGCGACGACAUCAUAUUCUUCGUGUUCCUCUACCAGCGCUGGCAGUACCGUGUGGAUCUGAAGCGUGUGAAUGAGUUCGGCUUCUCCGGGGAGAUGGAGCAACAGCACGCCGCCAAGAAGCUGGAAGGCCAGACACCAAACGGAGCUAUAGAAGCUGCCGAGACAGCGCCAGCAACCAAAAAGACAGCUACACAAAAGAAGCAGGACUAGGAGUUCCCCUGCAGCCACAGUAUGCACUAGCAUUAGAAGACGCAAUACCCAUAUACUCCACCCCCAAUAUGUAUGUAAUCACUCUCCAGUAUACAUAGUCAAGUAACCCCGAUAGCAUCAUUCUUAGGGCUAAUUGUAUGUACGUAUGUUUGUGUUUUGUUUUACGUGCCCUCCACGCUUCUCCUCGCAGCGCUGGAAGAUCAAAUAAAUUAAGUGUGAGAUGAUCCAUA